UUUUCCCGUCUUGACGUUUUAGGUGCAGUUGUCUAAGCGCAUGCUUUCUCAAAGCUCCUGUUCCUUUCGUAUGUUCGAGUUCCAAAGACAGGCCUGUCGCACUUCAGACCCAAUUGGUGGUUUUGCCCAACCUCAACAUUUUAUUUGUGGCUCCACCUGGGCCCCCUCGUAACAGUCUUAGAGACUGGAGAAAAGCGAGGUCAGACCGAGCCUGUGAACUCUGGCAACUGAACUCAGAGCUGUGGAGCUCGGAGGAAGUUUGGGUCAAAUUACUGGGGCAAAGACCAAAAAGGCGAUGUUACCCGCUGCCCAUUCUGCACGGUGUCUGCAUGAGCCCUCGUUCUGUCGGCCCUGUACCUCUCACUGCCACCGUGCUCAUACACAGGAAACACAGAGAUACGUGCGGUGCUUUAGUCCUCAGCAAGGCUGAUCCAGGUUAGUACUUGGAUAGGAGACCUUCCGGGAGAGCUCACUUGCUGUAGGAAGCGGUGGUGUUCACUUACUGGGCAAUAUUUUUCCAGACCUGAAUCAAUAUUGAGCUGACAACAUCUUCUUGUGCUGGGGAUGAUGAGCUGUGGAAAUUCCAGCUUUGAGCGGGGUAUGAAAGCAAGUUUGUGAGCAUUUUUGGUCAUGAUGGAGCUUUUGGCAUUAUACCACAGAGUAGGAGAGUGUCCUGGCCAAAUUCCAGCCUGGGUAAUUACAUUCUGCUGACUGAAAGUGAGCAGUGGCGAUUGCUGCGCUGCACUGUUGGGCAAAGUGAUUUCCACACGUGGGCUUACAUUUGUAAAGCAACUUAGGGUGAAGCAGAACGACUAGGACUUGCAGAGAUGUCCCUUUAACCCUCGCAGCUCGUUGCCGAAGGCCUCGUGAGGCUUGUCAGUCUGCUGUCACAUUCCUUUAAGUGCCGGCUGCCGGGGCGUUGCCUGGCAUGGCUGUAACCCCCCACGGGAUGGUCUGCAGAGCUUUCUGUAACACACACGCAUUGCCACACGUCAAGCAAGGAAGCAAACAGAAUGGGAGAAAAAGAAAUAAUAAAGGAACGCUCCAAGUUUUCCUUGUUGUAGAUGGCAAUACCGUGAGAGUGCUGGUCAGGCUGAUCCGUGGGCGGUGUUUGGUGUUCAGAAACGCUCAGCGGUCCUUAGGCUGGGAAAGGCAGAGAACCGCUGGUGUAAGAUAGAGGAGGCAGCGUGGACGUGUGUUUCCUGUUGUGUUUGUACCCCAGUGUAUAACAUUAUUUUUCUCUCCCUGACCUUCCCUGCUUUAUUUUGUACCCAGAUUUUCUUGCUUCUGUCCGAAACACGCCUUAUAACUCCACGAGUUCUCGGAAGCUCACUGUGUUUCACUGGGACAGGAGUAUUGCAGCUGCUUGGUAGCAGGACGAUGUUACAUGUAUCGCAGCCUAAUUCUCUUCUGCUUUAAACCUAGAUAAAGAAUGAAGACUGUCUGUACCGUUUUGAUUACCUCUUCUAGGGUUCAAAGAGAGAAUCAUUUUCCCUGACCUCCACUUGCCAAUGGCUCAGCUUGCUCUAACUGGCACCCAGACAAACUUGCCGUUAAACAAACAUUCUGGGAGGAAGAACCGCCUCCAUGUCCAAAAUUCCUUUGCCCCUGCUGCUAUCGUUGGCUCUCAGUAAGCACCCAAAAUCUGAACUACGCAGAGUAACACGAGCUGUUCACGAGAAGCCUGUGUAUGAACGGACAAUGCUGCUACCCUCAUAGGAGAUGAGACCAAGGACCCUGCACAAUGACAGCUCUGCAAGAUCCAAAUGUGAGAGCCAAGCGUACGGAGUCUCAUGCUUUGUCUCCAGAGUGAUCCUCGUUCUUGUUAAGCUAAUCUCACCCGUUGUCGCAAGUUUUGCUUUUGGGAUUUAGACCAUCAUUAGCCACGGAACUCCUGCGUGAAUCACUUUUUUUCUUCUUUUUCUUUCUUUUUUUCCUAUGUGACACGAAGACUGUUAAUAGGACUGUUAGCGGAACAAGCCAAGCCCAUAUUCACAGGGUUUAACUGUGUACCUAUAGCACCUUUUGCCCCAGAAUGCCUUACCGACGCCACAUAGCGCGCACGCCCCGGCGUACAACCUGCCGUGCAGCCUCCUCUCGCGUAGGCAUCACCUUAGUCCCGCAGGCUGCCUUCUAGGGACCCUUCAGCACUUAGCACCCCCCCCAGUAAGUCAGACGCCGCCCCGAGGUGCCUUUCAGGUCCGAGAGCUUUCUCCGUGCCCAGAGCUAAGGAGCCCACGCGCGCGCCGAUGCCGCACACCUGACGGAGCGCCGAGGAGCGGCCGAGGGCAUGGCAGAAGGAGGGCAUGCGGGCGCUCCUCCCGUCCGCCUGUGGGUGCGCCGCGUGGGUGUUUACUGCGAUGAGCACCGCAAAACGUGGCUCGUGGCUGCGGAAGAGGAGGAAGGUAUGCUGAGGGCUCGGAUCCAAAGAGUUCAGGUUCCCCUGGGUGAGGCGCUGCGACCCAGCCAGCUCCCCCCAUCCCGGCUGCCUCAUAUGUGGCAGCUGUCCCAGGGUGAGCAGUACAGGGAUAGUAACUCUCGCGUUUGGGAGAUAGAGCACCAUCUCAUGCUCGGUGGUGUUGAAGAACUGCUGCUUAAACUCGUGCCUGGUGAUUAAUCUGUUCUCUGAACAUGUCCCAGAAGGAUCCCUGCCAGAAACAAGCCUGUGAAAUACAGAAAUGCUUGCAAGGUA